UUAGUUUGGCGCGAAGUUGAGAGUGGAGAUCCGUAUCCAACGGAGUUUGUGUUCUUCGUUCAUUUCAUUCUCUUUUUCUCUCUUCUCUUCUCUUCCUUUCUCUCCCAAAAUCUUCCAUUCCAUUUUCUGAAACACACAGAUCAGAGUUCACAAGACCGAGGAAUCUGAGUUCCCACGGGAACGACGAUUCCUCAUUUAUGCCGGACCACCGUUCUUCUGUUUCUGAACGUUUAAAAUGGUGUUAUGAUCUCGGUGACUCGCCAAUGUAACAGCUAAAUUCACAUGAAACCCUCUUCCAAGGAGUCGCUGAUAGUUGCGAUUUAAUUUUUGAAUGCCAUUGUCCUCGAAGAAGAAUGUAGAAUAGCAUGCCCUCAACGCCCAAUUCAAGUUAGUUCUUAUGCUUUAUGAAUGAGGUCUCUUCUUUGUGGAGUGGGCAUUUAGUGUCCUGCUGCUUAGAACUACAAAUCUAAUACAAUGGGUGGCUGCACCUCAAAAAUUAGUCGUAAUCUCAAAGCAUAUAGGAAGUACUCCUCACGAUUUGGAAAACGACGUAGUAAGAUUUCAGCUACCAUUGCUGAUGUCAAUAUCAAACAAAUCGGCGAUUCACGAAAUCAUGCUAGAGAUUUUACGGUCAGUGCAAGGUCUGAGGUUUCUAACAUGACCUUUCAUCUGAAGCAGCUGCAGUGGAGCCAUGGUCAAAUUGAUGCAAAUGGAGUGUGCCUAGAUGAACCAUGGUUCGACUCAGCCAGUAUUUUGGAAUCUGAUUCUGAUGAUGAGGAUUUCAGCAGUGUUCAUGGAGAUUGUGUUCCUUCAAUUGGAAAUGGCCCGAAUGCUCAAUUGCUUCAGUACGAAAGCAAGUCGUGCUUCAUUGAUAAUGGAUGUACGUAUGAAGGUUUCUAUGAAAGUUAUCUCAAAAUCGACGGAGGUGCACAGAACUUUGAAUAUACGAGUCAGGAGUUCAAUAUGAAUACUUGCCUGCCUUGUUUGCCUCCUCCAGUUAGUUACAAUGAGAAGAAUCAUUCUUCUAAUCCCCAACCAGAAAAUAGAAAGAAGUCGACAGUUAUCAUGCUUUCUGUUAAGAGAAAAUCUGUUGACGGAUAUGAACGAACUGAGUUUUGUACGUCAGAGAAAAUCUUAUACCGUCCAAGAGCAGGACUUCAAAUUCCAUGUGCAAAAGGAGAAAAGUUAACUCCAUCGUCCUGGUCCCCUAUUUCACCUUCUGUCUUUAAGCUUCGCGGAGAAAACUACUUCAGAGACAAACAGAAAUACCCUGCUCCAAACUUCAGUCCAUAUGUACCAAUUGGAGUUGACUUGUUUCUCUGCCCCCAAAAGAUAAAUCACAUCGCUCAGCAUAUUGAACUUCCACAUCUGAAAGCACGUGAAAAGCUACCAUCCCUUUUAAUUGUUAACAUACAGCUGCCUACAUAUCCAGUUUCGAUGUUCCCUGGUGAUUAUAACGGAGAAGGGAUGAGCCUGGUACUGUAUUUUAGACUUUCUGACAAUUUUGACGAGGAGAUAUCUCUUCAUUUUCAAGACUGCAUCAAGAGGUUGAUCGAAGAUGAAAUGGAAAAAGUCAAAGGAUACACAAGGGAAUCCUUGGUUCCUUUCAGAGAAAGAUUGAAAAUACUGGGUGGGUUGGUUAAUCCUGAAGAUCUCCAGUUAAGUGCUGCUGAAAGAAAGCUAGUUAGUUCUUAUAAUGAAAAGCCAGUGCUUUCACGACCUCAACACAACUUUUUCAGGGGAAAAAAUUAUUUUGAGAUUGAUUUGGAUAUACAUAGGUUCAGCUACAUAUCAAGGAAAGGUCUCGAAUCAUUCCGUGAUCGUUUGAAGCAUGGGAUACUUGACAUUGGUUUAACAAUCGAGGCACAAAAACCUGAAGAACUCCCUGAACAAAUGAUGUGUUGUCUGCGAUUGAAUAAGAUAGAUUUUGUAAACCGUGGGCAGAUACCUACAAUUAUGAGUGUAAGUGAAACUUUAGUGUUGGGAGAAUAAUGAUGGGAAAGCCAAUAUUCAUGUGCAUCAGCAAGAAUGAAGUCAGAAGGGAAAAUAGAAGAGAAGAGAAGAAAUGUCUAAUUAAUUAACAUAAAUGAGUGCAAGGCCUUUGUAAAAGGAUGCAGUCUGAUAGGAUCCUUUAGAAAGAAAGCUUGAGAUUGAUUGGUGUAAAUGUUACCAUUCUUUUAUUCCUCAAGGGAAGUCAGAUUUACAUCAAAAUCUUUGUGUUUCUUAUGGUGGGGAUGUUAAGUAUUCAUAUUGACAAACCUGUUGAUGCUAUGAUUUUAUAACAAAAACUAUAGACAUAUUGAUAUUGUCGGA